AUGGAUAAAGACACCAACACAACAGCAACCACCCCCACCCCCAGCAAUGAUACUCAACCUUCGCUCAAGGAUAUGAAAAAGUUUGAAAAGUGGAGGAAAUCGCUGCAAUACAUGACCGGCCUUGGCAUGUCUGAACAAGAACGAGCCCAUUUCCAGAAGCAACUCGAAGGCGAACUCGAUUCCUACCAAUGUCGACAAUGCGAACUUUGGCGUGACAACUUGAUGAAGAACAGUCCACCUGUGCGAUUCAUGAUUGAUCACUUGAAGAAGGUUGGGCAUGAUAUGAAGCGAGACCACUUUAUUUGUGCACCAUGCGAUCCUACACGCUCUGGAGGAUUUUCACCUGAAGAUGGUAUUCUACUAUGCUACAAUCGUAUGAAUUCAAAGACGCACCAAGAACACACCAUGGUCCACGAGAUGGUGCAUUUGUAUGAUCAUCACAAGUUCAAGGUCGACUGGCUCAACUUGAGACAUCACGCAUGCAGUGAGGUACGAGCUGCUAGCCUUAGUGGAGAUUGCAAAUGGACACGAGAGAUACAACGAGGUUUCUAUACGUUCACCAAACAACAUCAAGCUUGUGUAAGACGACGUGCUGUGCUCUCAGUCAUGGAGAAUCCCAGUUGUAAAUCCAAGGAAGAAGCUGAGCGUGCUGUUGCCAGCGUGUUUGACAGCUGUUUUGCUGAUACCCGGCCCUUUGACGAGAUCUAUUAG